UCACCGCGGAGGCCCACGCCGGGUGUCCGUCCCCGUGCGCCAUGAGCCCCACGCUCCCGCGCGCCCGCGCGGUGCUGAGCCUCCUGGGCGGGCUGGGCCCGCAGCUGCUGCUGCUGCUACUCCUGCGUCCUCCGGCUGCGUCGGGUGACUGCAGCCUUCCUCCAGAUGUGCCUAAUGCCCAAGCAACUUUGAGAAGACUUACAAGUUUUCCUGAACAAAGCACAGUAACCUACAAAUGUAACAAAGGCUUUGUAAAAGUUCCUGGCAAGGCAGACUCAGUCGUCUGUCAGAAUAAUAAAUGGUCAGAGCUUGCAGAAUUUUGUAAUCGUAGCUGUGAUGUUCCAACCAGGCUACUUUUUGCAUCUCUCAAAAAGUCUUAUAGCCAACAGAAUUAUUUCCCAGAAGGUUCCACUGUGGAAUAUGAGUGCCGUCCGGGCUACAUACGGGACCCUUCUCUCUCAGGAAACAUAACUUGUCUUCAGAAUUUUAUAUGGUCCAAACCUGAUAGAUUUUGUAAAAAAAAAUCAUGUCCUAAGCCUAGAGAAAUAGAAAAUGGUCAUGUCAAAAUAACAACUGACAUACUACUUGGUGCGACCAUCUAUUUUUCAUGUAACACAGGGUACAAAUUAGUUGGUGCAGCUUCUAGUUUCUGUGCUGCUAUGGGAAAUACUGUUGCGUGGACUGAAGGAUUUCCAGAAUGCCAAAAAAUCUUAUGUCCAGAACCACCAAAAGUUGACCAUGGAAUGAUUCAAGAGAAACAAAACAGUUAUGCAUAUGGACAGUCUGCAACAUAUAAAUGUAUGGAGGGCUUCACCCUACAUGGAGAGAGCUCUAUCUAUUGUACGGUAAAAGAUGACCAAGGAGAGUGGAGUGGCCCCCUACCUCAAUGCAGAGAAACUGAUGUCUCACCAACAGUUCUGAAAUCCACUGAAGUAAAUGUUCCAGGUACCAAAGUCCUAUCAACUCCUCAGAAACCCACCACAGUGAAUGUUUCAGCUACAGAAACCCCAUCAACUCCUCAGAAACACACCACUGUAAAUGUUUCAGCUAUAGAAACCCCACCAACUGCUCAGAAACCCACCACUGUAAAUGUUUCAGCUACAGGAACCCCACCAAUUCCUCAGAAACCCAUCACUGUAAAUGUUCCAGCUUCAGAAACCCCACCAACUCCUCAGAAACCCACCACUGUAAAUGUUUCAGCUACAGAAACCCCACCAACUCCUCAGAAACCCAUCACUGUAAAUGUUUCAGCUACAGAAACCCCACCAACUCCUCAGAAACCCAUCACUGUAAAUGUUUCCGCUACAGAAACACCACCAACUCCUCAGAAACCCAUCACUGUAAAUGUUUCAGCUUCAGAAACCCCACCAACUCCUCAGAAACCCACCGCUGUAAAUGUUCCAGGUACGGAAACACCACCAACUCCUCAGAAACUCAUCACAAUAAAUUCUUCAGCUACAAAGCCCCCACUAGUUUCUCAGACAUACACCACUGUAAACGUUCCAGCUACAAAGGUCCCAUCAGCUCCUCAGAAACCUACCACAGCAAAUGGUUCCGCCACGACAGCCUGGAAUUCCCCAAUAUCAAACACUGUCUCUGCAGCAGCUCAGAAUCCCAUCACGCCAAAUGCUUCUGCAACCACACCAACAACCCAAAGAUUCACCUCAGCAAAAUCUUUACUUACACAGAAUCUUAAAGCUACACAAAAGUCCACUUCUGUACAUACGACUAAGGGUCUCCGUAUAACACAAAGAUUGACCUCUGCUCGUGUUACAGCAGCAAAAAGUACAGCUGUUCCCAGGACAACCCUGCGUUUGCAUGCAACAAGCGCACCUAAAGGAAGAGGAAGCGCUCCUUCAGUUGCUAGCACCAUUGCAUCGGGUAAGUGUGACUCUCUGAGAGUCCGCAGAAUUUGUCAUCGCAUUUGGAUAUAUAAUUCCUGGAAAAGAAUAUUGUUUUUUUACUGUCUUUGUUGUUGCUGUUCAGUCACUAAGUUGUGACCAACUCUUUAUGAUCCCAUGGACUGUAGCAUGUCAAGCUCCUCUGUCCUCCACUAUCUCCCAGAGUUUGGUCAAAUUCAUGUCCAUUGAGUUGGUGAUACUGUCUUAGGGAUACUAUCAAAAUACAGUAUGUGUGGGUGCCAAAGAGAAAACAGGUAAAGGCAUCUUAUCGACAAGAACAUUUGCCACCAUGUUCUUGUUCCAGGGUAAUUUGAGGAGAACUUCAAAUCAUUUGGCCAGUCAGUCAAGUAUUAUUGCAUGCCUAGUGGCUCACUGCAUCUCAUUUUAGUGCCUAAGAAUCACAAGAGGAGAGAGUUAUCCAUACAGUUUCUAUCCUCAAGUGUUUUAUAAUUAAUCAUAAACUACUCAUUGACUAUUUCUAGAUUUGUCCUGUCCCAAGUAAAACAAAGAGUGUUACUUUUGGUUAUAUCUUCUUCCGUUUCCCUUCCCAGUCAGUGGUUUAAAGUAAAGUUUCUCCAAAAACUGCUCUGUUGCUGUAGGCAUGAGACCAAAAACAUACCUCUUGUGAUUUCUUCUAUCAUUUGGUCCAGUCCUUUUUUGUUUGUAAAUAUAUCAUCUGAUGUUAUGUAUUAACAAGAUGAAUAAGAUCAUAAAAGAAAUGUCUGUUAAGAAGCUAUACAGCUAAAUUGGCAUAUUGAUAAGUAAUGUCUAAUGGAAAAUACACUUAUAAAAUUUGUAAAAAACACUUUGAUUUAUGUGUUUAUAAGCUGAAAGCUCAUCUUAUGCAUGCAUGAAUUAGCCAUGUGACUAUGAAACUGAAAGUAAUACUUGCUUUUAUUAUUUUCAGUUACUUAUUAUAGUUUUUAUGUUUUAAGCAAAACUCUUUUAAGCUAAAAGAUUUAUUU